GAAAUAAAUGAGCAUUUGUGUUCGAUUUUAGAUAUGUGGAAUAUUCUGACGAAGUCGAAAACAUAUCUAGAGAGAAAUAGAGGAGCUUGAGAUCUGAAUCGAUCAAUGGCGGCACCAGAUCUUUUGUUCUCGGUGAGAAACAACUUCUACCUCGGCGCAUACCAGUCCGCAAUCAACAGCAGCUCCAAUCUCCCCAAUCUCUCCCCCGAAGAAGCUGUCGAGCGAGAUUCUCUUGUUUACAGAUCUUACAUUGCUCAAUCCAGCUACCAACUUGUGAUCAGCGAGAUCGAUUCGUCUGCUGCUACGCCACUCCAGGCCGUUAAAUUGCUGGCAUUGUAUCUCUCUGAUCCUGGAAACAAGGAAACUACAAUCUCAAGCCUACAUGAGUGGCUGUCAGAUCCAGCAAUUGGAAAUAACCCCAUCCUUCGGACCAUUGCUGGGAUCAUAUAUAUGCAUGAGCAGGAUUAUAAUGAAGCUCUGAAACACACACAUGCUGGUGGAACAAUGGAGUUGCAUGCUUUAAAUGUUCAGAUAUUUCUUAAGAUGCACCGAUCAGAUUAUGCAGAGAAGCAACUGAGGAUUAUGCAACAGAUUGACGAGGACCAUACAUUAACCCAACUUGCAAAUGCAUGGAUAAAUCUGGCUGUGGGUGGCUCAAAGAUUCAAGAGGCAUAUCUCAUAUUUCAAGAUUUCUCAGAGAAGUACCAGAUGACUAGUUUGAUUCUGAAUGGGAAGGCUGUUUGCAGCAUGCACAUGGGAAAUUUUGAUGAAGCUGAAUCAUUAUUGCUCGAAGCACUAAACAAGGACACAAAGGAUCCAGAAACACUGGCUAAUAUGGUUGUGUGUUGUCUUCAUCUUGGGAAACCCUCUUCACGUUAUCUAAGCCAAUUGAAACUUUCACAUGCAGACCAUAUGCUCAUUAAACGUAUAUCUGCUGGUGAGGAAGCUUUUGAUAGAGCAGUUCAGACGUUUGCUUAACGUUGGGUGAGAGAUCUGACAAAUCAACUGGAACAGUACAUGAUUAAGAAAAGAAUAACAGAACCUUUUGCCUGCACCAUUGACUACUCUAGUUUGUACUUGAUGCUGAGUUAUUUUCCCCAAAUACUUGGAGGAAAAUUGCUUUGAAUUCAAGAACUUGUGUGGUAUACUGGAUUCACUGUCCUUGACCUACAUAAUGGCUCUUACAUUUUCAUUUGAACUA